CCCUGUUUUCCAGAAAAUCAUAUUCUGGAAGAUGUGAAUAAAUGUGUGAUUGCACUGCAAGAAGGAGAUGUUGAUACCCUGGAUAGAACUGCUGGGGCCAUCCGAGGCCGUGCAGCCAGAGUCAUUCACAUCAUUAAUGCAGAGAUGGAAAACUAUGAAACUGGAGUUUAUACCGAGAAGGUACUGGAAGCAACCAAACUGCUCUCUGAAACAGUUAUGCCACGUUUUGCUGAACAAGUUGAGGUUGCCAUUGAAGCGUUGAGUGCGAAUGUCCCACAGCCAUUUGAAGAGAACGAGUUCAUAGAUGCCUCCCGCUUGGUUUAUGAUGGAGUUCGUGACAUCAGGAAAGCUGUUCUGAUGAUAAGGGUAUGUAAGGCACACGGGAAAUAAAAGUUGGAGCUUGAAGCAAAGUGUCACACACUGGAUAAGAGAAAUAGAAAAACUACUUGGACUCAGCCUUGUUUCAUAAUUUGCCAGAAAAGCUUGACAUCGAAACAAGCAUAAAAUAAAAAUUUGUGCA